CUGGACACGUUGUCCAGAGGUAUCAUGAGCUGCAAAGCUUCAAGCAAAAAGCAUAGCACGUUGAGGCCUCGUCUUCACAGCCAGCGAUGGAGACUGCACCCAAAUUCGUCAUUACAGGCUGCACCGUGGCCGACAGCGAUGAGCUGACCAGAAACAACAUCCCCGCCUUCUGGGCAGAUCCGCACUGGCAUCUCGCCUGGCGCCAUCGAACCCUCGAUUACCACAUCACCGAGGUAGCAAAGCGCACGCCACGGAAUCUCAUAAGCGACCGAGACACGAAGCGACAUCAAAAGGCCGUGGAUCCUGUUACCGGGCGAAUAGUGGGAUAUGCCCGGUGGAUCCUGCCCGCCUCCCACGCCAAGAUCAUCGGCGGGGCGCCGGCUUGGCCCGAUGCCGUGGUUCCGUCUGUCAGUGAAGAGAAAGAAGCGGAGAUCCGGCGUGUUGCCGCGACGGUUCACUGGGAUCCAAAUCAGGAGUCGAAUGAGCUGCUUAUUCCUAUCCGUGAGGCGGAGAAUGAAAUUCUCACCAAGAAGGAUUACAUGAGGCUGGAUUACCUGGCGAUUCAUCCGGAUAACCAAGGUGCGGGCAUAGGCACCGCCUUGGUGAAAAGCGGCAUACACCAGGCAAAAGUAUUAGGCCUUGACAUUUUCAUCCAUGCUAUGGAAGCCGGAGUGGACCUCUACAAGCGCCUCGGCUUCAGUAUCGAGAAGGACUUUCUUCAAGAUGAUUCUAAAUAUGGUGGAAAUGGGCAUGUUUACAGGGCUCUCAUGAUCCUAAGACAAGACCAUGAACAGUGAGCGAUGUGUUGGAUCUUUAACAGAUCG